GUCUUCCCUCUACUAUCUGUGUGUCUGUAUCACAGCAGCAGGUGGUGGUAUGUUGCUGCUGCUGCAGCUCUGCAAAGGUGGCAGUUCACUCUAUCCUCACCCAGUGCACAGGCUUCUUCUUUCUAAGGGGGAGUUCCAACAAACCUUGGGAUCUGCUACCUCUCAAGUGAAUCCAGGAAUCUCUCAGACUACUCUCUGCCCAAUGAGAGCCAAGAAGACAGAAGCAAAGAAGAAACUUACAUCAUCACUGUCUGUCCUCCUCAUCACAACCUCCAAAAGAAAGUUCUCUCCAACAUCAUCCAGAGCCUCUUUCCCCAGCUUCAUCUCCAGAGACAGACAGCAGCCAAAUACCCUUCUCUCUCAGAAUUACUGAUACAUUCUAAAUCAAAACUAGAUUUCUCUUUUUUUUAGCUACUUGUGAAUUAUAUUUGACAUCUCUGCAAGCCCAAUAUCCCCAAAUCCCACAGCUGUCUUCCCUUUGUUUAAUCCUUUAAAUCUUUUCUUUAAUGCACAAUUUAUUACCUGUUUUGUGAGAUCUUGAACUAAAAUGCUGCAAGACAGAAUUUCAGAUUUGCAGAGCCACUUGUAAAAUAUUGUGGUUUAUUAAAAAUUUCUAAUUUUUUUUUGGGGGGGGGGAUGAAGAGACAUGAGAGAUUCUGGCAAAGCUAUAAACUGCUAUUAAUUCUACAUUCAAGAUCAAAUUAGCUGUCACUCUUACCUGCCUUGUACUCUGGAUUACUUGCUGUCAGCUUUCGGGAAACUCUUUUUUUCUCUGGUGGAUACUAUGGUGAGUUUAACCCACUGUGGAGAAGCAUUGAGGAUUCACGCUAAAACGUCCCAUGUUGCAGGAUUAAGGCAUUGCCAAAGGACUGUGGUUUCAUCAGACAUCAUCGCAGCCACCUCUAGGAUGCAUUUUGCUUAUAUUUUAAUACUGCUGAUUCUGACUCCAAGAGUUGACUCAUCCUGGUGGUAUAUUGGUGCACUAGGAGCAAGGGUUAUCUGUGAUAACAUCCCUGGAUUGGUAAACAAGCAAAGACAACUAUGCCAGAAACACCCAGAUAUUAUGCAAGCUAUUGGUGAAGGUGCCAAGGAGUGGAUCAGAGAGUGCCAGCAUCAAUUCCGGCACCACCGCUGGAACUGCAGCACACUGGACAGAGACCACACAGUAUUUGGGAGAGCCAUGCUGCGAAGCAGCAGGGAAACAGCCUUUGUCUAUGCUAUUUCCUAUGCUGGAGUCGUUUAUGCACUUACCCGAGCCUGCAGUCAAGGAGAGCUCAAAUCAUGUAGCUGCGAUCCAAAAAAAAGAGGCCGCUCAAAGGAUGAAAGAGGGGAGUUUGACUGGGGAGGCUGCAGCGAUCACAUUGACUUUGGUAUAAAAUUUGCCAAAGAUUUUGUGGAUGCAAAGGAGAAGAGAUUGAAAGAUGCACGGGCUUUGAUGAACUUGCACAAUAACCGCUGUGGGAGAAUGGCAGUAAAACGAUUUAUGAAUCUUGAAUGUAAGUGCCACGGGGUCAGCGGGUCUUGUACAUUAAGGACUUGUUGGCGUGCCAUGUCAGACUUCCGAAAGACAGGAGAUUUUCUAAGGCGAAAAUACAAUGGGGCAAUACAAGUCACGAUGAAUCAAGAUGGAAGUGGGUUCGCUGUGGCAAAUCAGAACUUUAGAAAAGCUACCAAAAAAGAUCUGGUCUACUUUGAAAACUCCCCUGAUUAUUGUCUUAUGGACAAAACAGCCGGAUCCCUGGGUACUGCCGGCAGGGUGUGUGACAAAGUCUCUAGAGGAACCGAUGGCUGUGAGGUCAUGUGCUGCGGACGGGGCUAUGACACCACCCGUGUCACACGUAUAACUAAAUGCGAGUGCAAAUUUCACUGGUGCUGUGCAGUACGUUGCAAAGAAUGUGAGGAGACUGUGGAUGUGCAUACAUGCAAGGCACCAAAAAGAGCAGAGUGGCUAGACCAAACAUGAGCCCUUCAAGUUCUCACUACUGGACAAGAUGCCGCAGGCCCCGCAGAAUUCUGGGUGUAAGUGUAGUCCAGCUGCAUGGCUUCUUAUUUAAGUAAUUCUGCAAGGCACUAAAUAUGGGACUUCACUUUCCAGGAUAUACUGCGGUCCGUCAGAUCUAGGUCAACAGAGAACCAGAUAUUUCUGUAUGAGAAGUUUAAAAUAAAAGCAGUGGUCCACAACUGUUCUCACAAAACAGCUGGUGGUAGUUCACAGACCUUCAAAAUUUAUAGAUCUCUUUUUACUCUAGCUAUUUUUUCCAUAAUGGAGAUUCAUUUUUCCAUUCAAACCCCACUUGAAAGACAUUCUAUAAACAUUAAUAAAUUAAUUGAGAAAAACCACCAGUAUCAGUAAAAUAAUACAGCCUCAGAUUAGGUCAUUAUUAUUCUAGGAAGUAAUAAGGAAGCUCUACAACAGGGAAAAAAAACAAACCUUGGUGUUUAUGAAAGAUAUAUAACUAUACAGACAUUACCAAAACCAACGUAAGAGAUCUCAUCAAUUGAUACAUUUCAUAAGGAAAUAACUGACAGACCCCAUGUAUACUUUAUCAUUUUUUGUUUGGACUUUGUGCCUUCUAUUAGGGGGAUUUCUUUUCUCCACUGGUACAUUAUACCGAGAGCUGCUUACAAGUCAGCGGGGAUUCUAUACAAUUUCUCAUGAACUACAAGAUGGUACGCAGCACGAACUGUGAAAAAUCCCCUUUGUCGACUAAACAAUUGAAAAAUAUUGGAAAUUCCAAGAUGGAGGACUUUUGAUGCAACUGAGACAAACUCAGUUUUGUAAACUUGCUUCUUGUAUGUUGUGUAUAUGCUUUAAUAUUUUUUUUAAAUACAUAUAAACUUAUAUUGCAAACA